GUUGUGGAUGAGUAUCCGGUUUUGGCUGAAGAAUGUUUUGGUCGAAUUAUUUUAGCUAGCUACCGAUCAGAUGUGUUUAGAAUAUGUUUUUCUUCGAUUUGAUCCAAAUGUCGUAUUAGGGUGGUAACAUCUGUACGAAACCUAGUAUCUGAAUCAAUUAUGUGGUUAAAAUAUGUUAUAAUGUGUACAGUACGAAAGAAGCGUGAUUAGCUGCUAGUAGUAGUACUACCCAGCCGAAAACGUUGGAAACCUUGAUUUUGGUGCAAAUUGACCAACGGAUUCACAAACAACAGCGGUCCGUGUAUGUUACUUUUCAAACCUUUUUAUUUAACUGUAGACGUCCUGUUAGAACAUAAAAACACGACUUCGGAAGAAAAAUGAAUAUUCUACCCAAGAAGAGUUGGCAUGUACGCAACAAGGAUAACGUCGCGCGCGUGCGACGUGACGAGGCACAAGCCGCGGAAGAGGAACGUGAGGUCCAACGCCGUGUGGAGAGAGCGGAGCAGGAGGCUCGAACAGAGUACCUGAGACAGAAGUCACGAGCUGCCCUUCAAUUGUCUGGAGGAUGGAGUGAUGGAGAGAGAGGGGAGGGGAACACAGGAGUUGUGGAACAUCUCAAUCUAUUUCCUUUGGAGGAGUCAGCAGAGAAGAAAGGAAAUGAGGAGUACCUCAAAGAAAAGAAAGACGAAAAGGAGCGUGAGGAACGUGCCAUCGGUCUACUAGUGUCGCUAGGCCCCCAACCCGGGACAGAGGUAACACCCUGGUACAUGAAAACAGGCCAGGAAAAAGAAGAGAAAGACCAAGAUGAGAAAAAACAGAAGGAAAAAGAGAAAGACAACAAAGGAAAGAGGCCUACACUCACCCAAGAGGAGAAGGAGAAGAGAGACAAACGACUAAAAGACAUGCUGGACCCGCUGAGGGAGAUGAAGAAAGCUCUGGCGGUGAAGGAUAGAAAAGAGCACAAGAGUAAGAAGAGGAAUCGCAUGGAGAAGAGAACAAGUGCGGGAGGAGAAAGCUCUAUUGAAAAGUUGCGAGCGGAGAGAUUGCAGAGAGAGGCAGAGGAGAGGAGGAGAGCCCAAGCCCUGCUAGACCAGAGGAAUGGAACCGGAAAAGAGAAGAGACCGAGGGAGUUGGAGGAGAGGGAAAUGCCAUACAACAGCGCCUAUUUCCCAGAGCUGGCCCGCAAAAGGCAGAGGAAAGACAGAGAUGCCUGGAGAGAUGGCAUCUUCUGAAGUCAUACAUCAUGCAGUGUUUUUGUUUGGGCAACACACAGAACAUUGCAGCAUCCAAGAUACAUUUAUUAAUAUGUGAAACUUGGGAGACUUCAUCUAGAAAGACUGGAAGGUUAAUCCUUUGUUUUGUCAGUGCUGCCCCGGUUCCAAAAUUGAUGUAAUUACACAGAAACAUGCUUUAAGUGGGAUCCCGGGACAGAUAAAUAAACUCCCUCAAUGUGAAUCCCUGUGGGGCUCAAACAUUUUACACGCCCCGUUAUGAAUAUUUAUGAAAUCACCCCCACACUUAAAACCUUUCACCUGAAUGCUUUUUUGCUUUUUAUACUGAACGAAAAUAGAAAUGCAACACGCAACAGUUUCAAUAAUUAUACUUAGUUACAGUUCAUAUAAAUAAAGGGGAAAUGCUCAUUAACAGGGAUAUCGUUAAUAGGGAUAUAAUCAAAUUUGUGUACCAAAUUUAUAACAAAUAAAGGUGUUUAUGAGAA